GUGAGGUUCAUUUCUGCCCAGCCGCCGUGGAGUGAGGAGCUCGUCCCCGCAGCUCCCGGGUGAAGGCCCCAAUCUUCCGGAUGGGCCUUCGGUUCCUCCUUGGUCGGCCUCGCUUGUUCGGGAUCGUCGCGGAUCGUCGUCUGGAGCCUCGGGAAGCGGUGAGGGUCGUCGGUGGAGGUCAGAAGUCCCGUUGGGGCCGCGAAUGGUCCCGGAUGGCCCGGCUUUGUGUGGGUGUCGCCUCCGGGUGUUGGGCCAAGUCCCCUGCCUGCCGAUGGACGUCCCCUGCCUGCGGAUGGCCCCGUGGGCCAUGGAUCUGGUCCCGGUCGUUGGUCCGGUGAGUAGUCCCAUCGCCUUCGGUGCCCUGUUUUUAUGGGGAGGCUCCUUGGGAGCUCUGGGUGGCCCUGGGCCCAUGCGGUGGCGGUCAGUUCCCCAGGGUGGGUGCCGGUGUCAGCCCUCUUCGUGUUAGGGUCCCCUUUGCACUUUGGCCUGGCACCGGGGUGCAUGUUUGGUAACUUCAUCUUGUCCCCUAGGGCCGCGGUGAUUAGUUCGAUGGCUUUGUUGACCUCGGGCUCGGUAGGCGGGCCUGUAGGUUUUGGCUUUGGGCUUUCUUGUUUUUUGUGGUAGUUUUGGCGGCUACUUUAGAGUAGGCCCCAAUUCCCGCCAUGAGAUUCAAAUCUCGGGAAUCUAUUGCUGGGUGGUCGGCCAUUUUUGAUGAUGCCGCCUCCCAAGAUGGCCGCUGUAAAAAGGGUGCGAAGUCUCCUUCGGCCUUUUCGGUGGGUUUCUGGUGAGGGAAGUCCUCCCUUACCGCAUCUUCAUCGCUGUAAUCGGAUUCGUCUUCAUCUUCCUCACUCGCUGCUUCGCAGCCUUUGAUCAGGCUUCGGAGUUCUGCGAUGAGGUCGGUGUUGCUUUGUGACAAAUCUAUCAGCUCCAGGAGUUUUCCUUUUAGGUCGUGCUUUUCUCCUUUUGGGGUUUCGUGUUUCUUCCACCCCUCGUUGCUUCUGGCCGGGGUGCAUGGGUGGUGGAGUAGGCCGCUCGUCUCGGGUGCCUCUCCUUGCGUGGCUUCGGGUUGGGCAGGCCGUUCUGCCAUCUUCUUGGUGAAUGCUCUGGUAUUCACCCUGUCUGUCGUGGUCCUUUGCAUGUUGUGGAUUGGGCUAUUAAACCAUCCUCUGCUACCAUAUUGUUAAAUGUGUUCAAGGAUCGUGCCCAAUAACUCCAUAAGCAGAUAUUCAUUGAAUCAGAUAUUGUUUAUUAAUGAAGCAUCUUAUCAUUACAGGUACAAGUCUGGAACUGAGGCAGGACCGCAUGGCUGACCCUUAAGUACCCCCUGGGCGUGGCUAAGGAGGGGUUAUUGGGUUAGGGUGGACCUUGGGGGCUGGCUUGUCCAGCCCCCCUGCCUCUAGCUCUGGGUCAGAGGCAAGGCAUUUAUUCCUGACAAGAUCUAACCUAGAACUAAGGAAAAAUUUCCUGACAGUAAACAAUCAGUGCCUCCAGAAUUGUGGGUGCUCUAUCACUGGAGAGUUUCAAGAAAAGAUUGGACAACGGUGUCCAGAAUGGUAUAAGGUUUCUUGCUUGAGCAGUGGGUUGAACUAGAAGACCUCCAAAGCCUUUUUAUUCUGUGUUAUAUUAAUCAGAAAAUACCAGCAAGAGAUCAUAAAGAUACCAGCUUAAAAAGUAGGACUGCCAUGACCAAUGUUACUACCAGCUGUGCAUGUUGUUACAUACAAAUAUGUUUUAUUGCUAAUGGAUCACAGCUCAGCUUCAGCUUGAGGAAAAAUGAAAGUCAAAUGGAAUUGGGGCAAUUUGGGAUGUAUUGCGAUUCACCUGAUGAAUUCUAACCAUUUGACCUGAUUCAAAAUUCUCCAUGCAUACUACCCCUAAUUUGUAAUCUAAUUUAUAUAAUUUAGGUGCUGAGCCCACUAUGAUGUAAAUAAUGGAGAUGCUGUAAGAGCUCUGGAGGAAAUUUAAGAAAACAAAAGAAGCAAAAUAGAAUACUAAUAUCUUGGCUGAGUCGAAUGGCAGCCAGUAUAUUGUAUGGAAUAUCGGGUGUAACCAGGACCCCCUCUAUUUUGCCAAUUUCUGUAGGCAGCUUCUGCGCAUGCUCAGCCCUCAUUUGAGCUUUGCAGUCGUCAAGGAAGGACCUCUCCGCUGGAGCUCUUGAUUGCAGGCCCCACUCGCCUAGGUAGACAGUCGGAUCUGGUCCGGAGGCCUCAGGGAGACUGAAAAAGUCCCGAAUCUUCGUGUGGCUCUUCAGGACGUCCUUCUGGAUCAUUGUUUGGUGUUGAAGAUCUGCGGGGAAGUGCUGGACACCAUGGAGGCUCGACUCUGCGUUUCGUCUGUCGAUGGGGAGUGCACCGAAGAUGUCGUCAGUCGCUGGAUCGGGAUGGCUCUUCGGUGUCAGCAGGACUGGAGAUAUAGCAGAAGAACCAAGAGUCAAGGAGGAGUCGAUAUAUAUAUAUACAGAGGAGGAGUGGUUAGAGAAAUACAAUUCUAUGGCGACUUGCCUAGAAUUUAUCCAACAAAAUGAAGAGCGUGAUGGAGUUCGCUUCAGUUGGAAUGUUUGGCCUUCCAGCAGAUUGGAGGCCACCAGAAUGGUUGUUCCAUUGGCUUGUCUUCUAACACCGUUGAAAGAACGGUUAGAUUUACCACCUGUCCAGUAUGAGCCUGUUUUAUGCAGUAGACCAACCUGCAAAACUGUUCUCAAUCCACUCUGUCAAAUUGAUUACAGAGCCAAACUUUGGGCUUGUAACUUCUGCUUUCAGAGGAACCAGUUUCCUCCAGCAUAUGCCGGCAUAUCUGAAGUGAAUCAGCCAGCAGAACUUAUGCCCCAGUUUUCUACAAUAGAAUAUAUAGUCCAGCGUGGCCCUCAGACACCCCUGGUCUUUCUUUAUGUGGUAGACACAUGUUUGGAAGAGGAGGACUUACAAGCUUUGAAAGAAUCUUUGCAAAUGUCUUUAAGUCUGCUCCCUCCUGAUGCUCUUGUGGGCUUGAUUACCUUCGGUCGAAUGGUUCAAGUUCAUGAAUUGAGCUGUGAAGGAAUCUCCAAAAGUUACGUUUUUAGAGGAACUAAAGAUCUAUCAGCGAAACAAAUACAGGAUAUGUUGGGUCUUUCAAGGCCUGCUGUCCCUACUCAGCAAGGGAGACCACCUCAAUCCCAAGAAUCACCUCACCUUUCUAACAGAUUUUUGCAGCCUGUUCACAAAAUUGACAUGAACAUGACAGAUCUUCUAGGAGAACUACAAAGAGAUCCUUGGCCAGUUACUCAAGGAAAGAGACCCUUGCGAUCCACUGGAGUAGCUUUGUCAGUUGCUGUUGGACUACUAGAGGGAUCAUUUCCAAAUACUGGGGCUAGAAUAAUGUUGUUUACUGGAGGGCCACCAACUCAAGGGCCAGGCAUGGUGGUAGGAGAUGAGCUGAAAACUCCGAUUCGGUCGUGGCAUGAUAUAGAGAAAGACAAUGCACGAUUCAUGAAGAAAGCUAUGAAACAUUAUGAGGCAUUGUCUAAUCGUGCUGCUACUAAUGGACACUGCAUUGAUAUUUAUGCAUGUGCUCUUGAUCAGACUGGUCUUCUGGAGAUAAAGUGUUGUACAAAUAUAACUGGUGGUUAUAUGGUGAUGGGAGAUUCUUUUAAUACUUCUCUCUUCAAGCAAACUUUCCAGAGAUUGUUUAGCAAAAAUGUCAGUGGAGAAUUCCGAAUGGCUUUUGGAGCAACUCUAGAAGUGAAAACUUGUAGAGAACUGAAGAUAGCUGGAGCUAUUGGACCAUGUGUAUCCUUAAAUGCCAAAGGGCCAAGUGUUUCUGAAAAUGAGCUUGGAAUAGGUGGCACAUACCAAUGGAAAAUUUGUGGACUUGACCCCUCCAUGACUCUUGCCAUUUAUUUUGAAGUAGUAAAUCAGCACAGCACUCCAAUACCUCAGGGUGGAAGAGGAGCUAUCCAGUUUGUUACGCAUUAUCAGCAUUCCAGUACACAGAGGCGCAUUCGUGUGACUACUGUUGCUAGAAAUUGGGCAGAUGCACAGAGUCAGUUGCAGCACAUUGAAGCUGCAUUUGACCAAGAAGCAGCUGCUGUCCUGAUGGCUCGAUUGGGUGUCUACAGAGCUGAAUCAGAGGAAGGGCCUGAUGUCUUGCGAUGGCUGGAUAGGCAACUAAUUAGACUUUGUCAGAAGUUUGGACAAUACAACAAAGAUGAUCCAAAUUCAUUUAGGCUGUCUGAUUCAUUCUCCUUGUACCCCCAGUUCAUGUUCCAUUUGCGACGAUCUCCAUUCCUUCAAGUAUUCAAUAACAGUCCAGAUGAAUCUUCCUAUUACCGUCAUCACUUUGCCAGGCAGGAUUUGACCCAGUCUCUUAUUAUGAUUCAGCCUAUACUUUAUUCUUAUUCAUUUUAUGGACCACCUGAGCCUGUACUAUUGGAUAGCAGUAGCAUUCUUGCUGAUAGGAUUCUGCUGAUGGAUACUUUUUUCCAGAUUGUUAUCUAUCUUGGUGAGACUAUUGCCCAGUGGCGUAAGGCUGGUUAUCAAGAUAUUCCAGAAUAUGAAAACUUCAAGCAUUUACUGCAGGCUCCACUGGAUGAUGCUGAAGAAAUUUUACAAACAAGAUUCCCAAUGCCACGCUAUGUUAACACAGAACAUGGAAGCAGCCAGGCACGGUUUCUCCUAUCUAAAGUGAAUCCUUCUCAGACGCAUAAUAAUCUGUACACAUGGGGACAAGAAUCUGGUGCUCCAAUACUAACAGAUGAUGUUAGUCUACAAGUAUUCAUGGAUCAUCUAAAAAAGCUGGCUGUAUCAAGCGCAUCCUAAUUUUGAUACUAAAGUCUCAAAAAACAAUAAUCUUAUUGAAUCAUGCUGCUGAUAGAUUACAGUCUACCAAGAAACUAAUAACAUUCCUUUCUUUUUUUAAAAUCAAGAGUUUUAAUUAACCCAUAUAAAAAGGGGAAAUUUACAUUUUAGAUUUAACUUAUUGAUAUACUUGUCUUUAUUCUACAAACUCUUCAUUUUCAUGUUCUUAUACCAAGAUUAAAAUCUGCAUUUAUAUUGUCCUGCAUAGUUCAUUUUUCUGCCCUUACAACUAAGCAAAAUAAAAUUUGAGAAUAGUGUUAA